CUCCACCCCCACUCAAUAGAGCCUUCCACAACCACCGCCCCCUCUGGACGUCCCUGGGAACAAGAGUCAGGCUCUGCAUACACCAUCAAGCAGCCCACAGCCAGAUCCCACCUGGUCCCCAUGCUGUGUGUGUCCCUUCUUUCGGGGGGCAGCACUGCCCCCCUGAAAAAUGAUGCUGCCCCCCUGAAAAAUGCCACCCUAGGCAAAUGCCUUGUUUGCCUUGUGGUAAAUACGCCCCUGCUGACACCCUUGAUC